AUGAAUGCUAACUUGAUUAGAACUAUCACUGAGUCUGAGAUUAAGUCUGCACUUUUCUCCAUGCAUCCCAACAAAGCUCCUAGUCCUGAUGGGAUGACAACUUUAUUUUUCCAAAAAUUCUGGAGCAUCAUCAAAUCUGAUGUUGUUCAAGCUAUCCAAAGUUUCUUCCACUCAGGAUUCAUGCUUAAGUCACUAAACCACACGGUUGUCUCCCUGAUUCCUAAAGUUGAUAUGUCUUUCAAUCUUAAUCACAAUAGACCCAUAAGCCUGUGUCUAUCAAAUCUAUUAAGAAGAGCUGAGGAGAGUAAGUUGCUUUCAGCUAUCAGUAUCAGUAGAAGGGGUCCAUCAGUAUCUCAUUUGUUCUUUGUUGAUACUACUUUAGUUUUCUGCAAAGCAAGUCCAGAUCAAGUUGAGGAACUUAUGAACAUUUUAGCAAAAUAUGAAAAAGGCUCUAGUCAGAUGGUAAACUAUGACAAAUUAUCUGUAUUCUUUAGUAAGAAUGUAACUGAGGUGGAAAAAGAAGCAGUGUGCAGGAAGCUAGGAAAUGUCCAAAUGGUAAGCCAAGGUAAGUAUCUUGGAUUACCUAUGGUCAUCACAAGGUCCAAGGAGCAGAUAUUUGGUUUAAUCAGGAAUAAUUGCCGGAGAAGAAUAGAAAGUUGGAAAAACAAAAUGCUGAGCACUGCAGGGAAGGAAGUACUCCUGAAGGCCAUCACAAUGGCUUUACCUACGUAUGCUAUGACCUACUUCAAACUACCAGGAAGGCUCUAUAAAGAUAUUAGUGCUAUGAUGGCUAGGUUCUGGUGGGGAGAAGAAAGAGGAAAAAGGAAAAUGCAUUGGUGCUCAUGGACAAAACUUACAAAGGACAAAGGCAGAGGGGGAUGGGAUUUAGGGACCUGCAGGAUUUCAAUAAAGCUCUAUUUGGGAAGCGAAUUUGGAGACUUGUGA